AUGUUCUCGCUGUCAGCCUGCCCCCCCGACGACUUCCCCUCCACGUCUGCCUUCUCUUCCGGCGGUCUGGCGACGUCUUCUUCCCCUGCUUCUGCUACUUCGACGGCGAUGAGAUUGUGCUAUAAUGGGGCGACGACGUUGCUCGCCGCCACCGCUUGUCCGGCCUUUGUCGAUCUCGAUUCGAUUAGAGAAGAGCCGCCCGUCUCGCCGCGACACUUUGACCGCGACGAUUCGGUUUUCUUCGGUGGCACCACUGCUCCACCGUCUGCCUUUUCGUCGACGUUCGGUUCACCGACGGACGAGCAGCCAUCCUCGAGCCAUUCUUCGCCCUUCAAGUUGUUGGAAAGUAUCCAACGUAAGCGGAAGAGUAUGUUUCGCAGAAAUCAGUCGAGCAGGUGAGCCAGAAAAGGAAAACGACAAACUUUCCCCUAAUCCGAGUGCUUCCGCUCUUAAUCCCAUCAGAAGGCACGUGGCUUUUCCCACGUCAUUUAGCAAUUGAUUAGGUACUGUGGAAGAACUUACAACUUCUGAAAAGUGGGAAAAACAGCGAUUUCUGGCCUAUAAAAAGUUUUCCCAAAUGAAAGUUUCUGAUGAAAAGUUAUUGUUCUUGUCUUUUGUCUUCCUAUUUGUGUGCAUGUUCCUGUCUUUUUCCUCUUCAAACUUUUUGCCCUUUUCCCACGAUUUAGUACCAUUGUGCGUCGGUUUCCGUUCCGGAUUUCACUCGGCGCCGCGUCAUGCCUCCCUUUCCUUUCCUUUUCCGUCUUUUUCUGUGCCAUCUGAUUUGAUGAGAGAAAAACCGAAAAAGAUGAAAUGGGGGGCAAGAAAUGCAAAUAUUGCGUGCCAUGAAAACGUUUAAAUUUCGUGAGAAUAUUUGAAAAUAUUAAAAUUUCUUGGGUAAAUUUUCAAAAAAUACCGUAGUUUUAUGGUAUACGGUGACAUUCGUUUCAGCUGUGCGCACCCUUUUUUGCUGUAGCAUUGCGACGAGAUUUGGACUUCAAAAACACUACAGAUUUCACAGAUUUUUUUGACUUUCACUUCGGCCGUUUCUAUUCAUAAAAAAAUUCUUUUCGUAAAUGAACCGAGAGCAAAAAAACCCAUUUUCAUUGUUUUCAGCAGUCUCGUCAGCGAGAAACGUCGCACUUGCCGAAGACCGUCGCUGCCAUCGAUCCCGCCGACGAUCGACGAGAUGAGCAGCAGUGUGGGACACGCUCGCAGCCGCAGACCCUCCCUGCACAACGACUGGACCAAUGAGCACCACCAUCGAGAACGGAGCGCCAUCGGAAUGGUCGAUGUGAGUUGA